UUGUUAAUAUUUCAGAUAGCUCCUAGGAGGUCUGGCCGAGCAGUUACAACAAAACAGGAAACUACUUCGGUAAAAGAUGCUUCAAGGUCUCGGCGUAGCUCUACGGCUGCACAAACUGUUGCAUCUGUUGCAGAUUCUAAAUCUCCUAGAGUAAGGAGUAACAGGAGAGAAAGCUCUUCACCAUCAGACUCUCGUUCUAGAAGUGGCUUAGAAUCUCCUGCCACUAGAGUCAAAUCAACUAGGCGUAGCACAGGACGCAUUAACUACAAAGAAAGUGAUGGAGAAGAAGAAACCCCAACGCCAAAGUAUGACGAGAAUUUUGAGAGCGGAGAAGAAUUUGAAGAAACUGAUUCUGAUGAAAAAUCAAAACCUCGGGGAAAGGGCAAACAAACUAAAGUAUCUCCGAAGCUGCAGGAAUCACUAAAGACUGAGAGGGGAACUCGUGGUCGUCGAGGCCGGCCAAGUAAGAAAAAAGCUGAAGAGGUUAAAACACUUGAAUUAUCUGAUGAUAGCAUGGAGCCUGAAAUUGUUGAAACUAAACCAGCUAAACCGGAAAUAAAAGAAUCUACUCGAACUAGUCGUGGAAGAAAAUCUAAAACUGAGGUUGUUGAUGUGGAAUCUGAAGCUAAACCAAAACCAUCAAGAAGAAGUGCAAGAUCCUCAUCAAAUAAGGAAGAAACACCCAAGAAAAGACCUUCUCGAAGCAUUCAAGCGAAACGAUACACGGAAGAUGAUGAGGAAGAUAUUGAAGAAAUUGGUGGUUCUAAAGCUGAAGAAGAAAUUGAUGAUAAAGUUGAUGGUACACGAAAGCGUAAAAGAGAAUCCUCUCCAGAAGAAACUAACAAACGAGUGAAGGAAGAUGAGAAUGAAACAACAGAAAAGAAUAUAGAAGAAGAGAAAGAUACAGAAGAACCUGUUGAAGAAAAAAUUGUUUCAGAAAAGCAAGCUGAAGAACCUAUGGAAGUUGAAGAAUGUGAUUCUGGUAUUGUUUCCCAAGAUGACUCUAAAAGUCAAGAAAAAGAGGACAUAUCUGUUUCUGCGGAUGAUAAAAUAACUCUUGAUAGUAAAAAAGAAAUUGAAAAUGUAUCAGAAAUAAAGGAUGUUACAGAUAACAAAGAUUCAUCUUGCUUAGAGAAAACUGCUGAAAUUUCAACUUCUGAAACCAAACAAGAAAUUGAAUCGUCUACUGCCCGUGAUUCAAAACAAUCUGAGGAAAUAAAGGAGGAUGUUAAGGAUAAUAUUCCUAAUCAAGUUAUUCCAGAGAAGGAAUGUGAAAAUCAAACUGCUGCUACUAUCAACGACCAAGCGUCAGAUAAACCACAGCCAAUGGACUCUACAUCUGAGUCAGAACAAUUGCCUGUUUCUAACAAAGUUCCAGAAAUUAACUCAGAAUCUUCAAAAUUAGACACAGAAAAAGAAGAUUUAAAAAACACUGAAACUCAUGCCAAUGACAUUUCUGAGUCCAAAAAUUGUGAAUCUAAGAUUGAAUCAUCUGUUAUAAAUGUGGCAACUGAAAACAUAGUUCCUGCAGCAAAUGCUCAUUCUGUAACUGAUAACUCAGAUUCUUCUUUAAAUGGGACAGAAAAUCUUAGUAACUCUGUUAAUCCGAUUUCUGUCUCAGAAGUUCCCAGCAUUAAUGUAGAACAAUCUGACAGUGUUGUUCCAAAAGCAAAUGGUGCACAUGAUGUGCAUGAAAGCACAAAUUCAAUUCAAGGGCAAUGUAUUUUGCCUGGACGUAAAUAUACUUUAAACUCGAAAUUAAGCGAAAAUAUUCGUCAAUCUGUAAAAAAUAAAGCAUUUGGAUUUUUAUCAUACAAUUUAGGGUCCGAGUAUAAUGUACAAAAAGAAAAACUCCUGCAUGAACUUCAUCAACUCAAUUCACAAAUUAUUUGCUUACAGCAAGUCCCUAAACCUUUUUAUUCAUCUGUUUUAGAGCCUAGUCUGGAUGCUCUUGGUUACAAGGGUGUUUUCUGUCAACCUGAAGAUAGUUUAAGAGGAAUGGCCACAUUUUUCAAAACAUCACAAUUUCGACUUAAUGAACAAGCUGAGAUUUCUUUAAGACAACUUGUUGACAAAGAAUUGGAAACAUCUGCAUUGGAACCCUCCAGUAAAGCUGCUGUAAAAUCAUACAUCAAACGUUGUGGCAAUGCUCUUCUAACUCACUUUGCUUCUGUCAUUGGAACUCAAACAGUGAAUGUUCUUAAUGUACAGAUUCCACCAUCGGAUCUUAGUGCUCAUGCUUUACAGGUGUCUUCAUUGGCUAGAGAAGUCAUUAGAAUCAAUGGUGGAACUAACAAACCUCUCUUAAUUGGAGGAGAAUUUAACAUAUCUGAAAAUGAUGCAUCCUAUCAACUACUUAGGGAUGGAUAUCUCAGCAAUGACAUGAUUGAUGAGCUUCAACGAAGAAAAGAUAUUGCUGUACCUGAAAAAGAAAAUUCUUCGUUGGUUGAUUUACUUUGGAAGUCUUUCCAACACCCGUCCUCAAGUUUGUGUAGCUGCUAUUCAUCUGUGUUGGGUCAUGAGCUGCUUAUUCCAGAACUUAAAAGAACAUCAUCUGACCUGUUGUGGUACAGCUCUGAUAGUCUACACACUGUUGGCAUUGUUGAUGUCGAUUCAAAUAAACUUGGUGAUCGUCAUUUCUCUUUGAAAGCUGAUGUGGCUUUUUCAAUUUGAAAAAUAUGUUCAUUGUCUCUGUUUUACUAAAAAAAAUGAAAACAUGUAAUGCUAUUGUUCUUUUUUUUCUUUUGAAAUAUAUAUAUAUAUAUAUAUAUAUAUUAAAUUUGUAGUUUUUUGAAAACCUUUUAUAAAAUGUAAAUGGAACCCUAUCAUGUUUAUGUUGAACUCGCCAUUAUCUAUCAUGUUUUUAGAGGAAGUUGGAUUUAAAAUUGGCCAUGACGAAGCCACAAUUGUCAAAGGAAAAGCCAUCUACAUUAUGAAAAUUUUUUAAUCAUAAUUGUACUUGGUGUUAUCUUGACUAAUUUGCAAAAAAUGAAAUGUUUUAUUGUUGACAACAAUUUUGGUAUUUCUUGUGCCAUUUCUUUACCACAUUUCUUUAUGUGUUUACUUGUUAAACCAACUUUUUAAUUCCUUCGAUAUGCAUCCUUCUCUAUCGCAGCAUUUUGGCAUUAAUCAUAUGAACAUAUGUCAUACCUGUAAUCUGUGCAUUUUGUGAAUUGUCUUUUUCUAGUUAUAGUUAUGAAUACACAUUUAGGUAUAGCGCAUGUGCAUUAAAAAUGUAAAUUUACUAAAGGUUGCAUAAUUUUUCGAGCACUCUGAAGUGAAGUGUUCGGAUUUUAAAAUGAAUUACAAUACAAAUACACAUACAUACCAUUGUUUCUGCAUAUACAUCUUACUAUUUUAGAUAUAAUACAUCUUCAAAUCUUUUAUGUGAAUGUCAGUGACAUGGGGAAAAGGUAUAUCGAAAUGAAUUUGAGUUUGUAUAUAAUACAGAAAUUUGUUUUAUGCAUUUUUAUGUUUGGAUGAAAUAAUCAAAUGUUUUGUUAUUUAAUAAUUUCAAUAUUUUUAACACUUUUCUUAGAAAAAUUUAAAUAAUUGACCUUUUUCUUUUCAUAUAAAGAAAACAAGUAAUUGCACAACUUUUCAUUAUCAAUUCAUUUUAAAAAAGCAUUAAAAUUGUUAGUAUUUUUAACUUUUUUUGUAAAGAGCAGAUAUGUGUUGCAAUUACCAAUUAAUAUUUUUUUUUCGACUUCAUAAUGUUUCUAUUAAUUGUUGUGCUAUACCUUAUGCAGCAAGAUUGUGAAUACUUACAGAAAUGUAUAUAUGCUUGUCAAAUAAUUUUAGUUUGUCAUUAUUGAUAUGAGUUUAAAACCUCAUUGAUUGGAUUGCAAUUUCUCUUUGCCUUUAAAUAUUAACUAUGUUUCUUGAUACUUUUGAUUUUAAUAUUUGCUCUGUUACUGUGCUUCUACAUUAUAUUAGUGUUGUGGCUAUGUAUAUAUUUUUAUUGAAAUGCUUAUGAGUUACUUACUCUGAUAUAAUUGUUUAAAAUGUUUUAUUUGGUUUAAAAUAAUUCUCUUAUCAAUAGCUUUUAUUUUUAAAAAAAAAUUAUUUUAUAUUGGCUAACUCAUGAUUUUGUUACAUAGUUAUCAGAUUUAAAUCGUGUAUGAGUCAAAAUUCCUGUUGUGUAACAGGAAGAAGGAAACUAUGCAUUAAAUAAGUUUUUAUCUCUUUGAUCAUGGGUUAAAACAUUUUUUCAAAAACACAAAUUUUCUAAUAAUGAUGAGCGCUGAAUUUUUUGUUAAAUAACAUCUAGAGAAAUAUUAAUUAAAGUGAACCAUAAAUUUGUAGUAGUGUUUAGAAUAGUUCAUACUUUUAAUAAAAAAUAUAAAAAUUGUUACAUUUUAAAAAAUAAUAUUGGAAGAAAAUGAUUUUUUAGUGAAAGAACAAACCCAUUUUAAUUCAUAAAUCCUAUUUUAUGCAUAGAAUUUCGAAAAAAAUAUUUACUUCAAAUUCUUUUUCUUUUGUUAUUCUUUAUUAAUGUUAUAGCUACGAAGUUUUUCUCUGUUAUUCUUUACAUUUUUAUUUCCAUCUUUCAUUGCAAAAUAUUUAGUUGGGGAUUUAAAAUUUUAUUUGUCUAAUAGAUACAGAUGUAACUUAAAUGUUUCCUGUUAAUUUUAUUUUGUAGAAAUUUUACACUCAAAUUAUAAACGAAGUGUUUCAAAAGCAUUAAAGAUGUGAAACUAAAUGUA